AUGUCCGUGAUGCGUGUGCUCUCCUUUGUGCUCCCACUCGUGGCAGCGGAGCCCCAGUCGCUUCGCGGAGCCUUUGACGAGGUCGCUUGCAGCGGCAACGGAGGCCUGGCAGAGCACACUCCGUCGUGCUACGGAGGUCAGUUCCUUGUCGAGAAAUUCUCGCUCCAUGUCCUGAGCUAUGACGGCUCCACGGGCAUUGUGGACAUGAAGGCGGAGGGUCCUCAGUCGGCCCAGUGCGAUGGUGCAGAGUUCCAGAGUGACGACAACAUGAUCACCAUCGAGAAUGAUCAGGGGUGCGGCUUGGGCAACUACGAGUACACGGUGAGGUACUGCCCGGAUCAGGACCAUGUCAUCGUAAACCUGGUGAAGCCCUACAACGCCCGCGUUGUCUUGCAGAGCCAGACUUGCCCCAGCGCCGGAGAGGUGCUGGCGGCCAGCGUCUUUUGGCUUGCGCGGAUACACAACUGGUGGAUCGCUGCGCUGGCCUUCUACCAUGUUCUGCUGGCCUUCUGUGUGAACCCUAUGGUGUUUCCAAAGGCCGUGAUCCUCUUUGGUGCUUGUCUCUGGGCCUAUCGGAUCCGUCUCCUCUCCGUGCAGAAAUAUGGGUACUUGAUCCACGAGUUUGAUCCCUGGUUCAAUGCGAGGGCCACGAAGUAUCUGGCAAAGCAGGGCUGGCAUGCCUUCUUCCACUGGUACGACUACAUGAGUUGGUAUCCGCUCGGGCGGCCGAUCGGGACCACCAUUUACCCAGGCAUGCAGAUCCUCUCUGUUUGGAUCUGGAGGGCCCUGAAGGUCUUUCCCUCGCCGAGGUCGCCUUUGAAGUGGGAACUCCCAAGCUCCCUGGUGGAGUCCCUGCCUGCGGGAUGGAUCUCCUACCUCCCAGGUCACGGGAAGGCGGAGUUUUCAUCGAUGAACGUCAACGAUGUCUGCGUGAUGGUGCCCGCCUGGCUUGCAGCUGUGGCCACCUUUGCCAUCUUCCUACUCACCUGGGAGGUGUCGGAAAGCUCCGGCGCGGGUGUAGCUGCCGCAGUGGUGAUGGCCAUCAUUCCCGCGCACUUGAUGCGCUCGAUGACAGGAGAGUUUGACAACGAGUGCGUGGCAAUGGCCGCAUUCUGUACAGCCUUCUGGCUCUGGUGCCGCUCGGUGCGCGCUCCCUCGUCCUGGCCCUGGGCUCUUCCGGCGGCCUUGGCCUACGCGAGUGCCGUGGCGACCUGGGGCGGGUACAUCUUUGUGAAUAACUUGAUCGGGCUCCACGCAGCAGUGCUAGUGGGCCUGGGCAAGUACAACUCCGGCCUCUACCGCGCCUACUCGCUGUGGUACGCCCUGGGGACAGCUCUGGCGACCCUGGUGCCUGUGGUCAGCUGGACGCCACUUCGCUCGAUCGAGCAGAUGCCCUCGCUAGCGGUUUUCCUCGGCUUUCAGGUUUUAGAACUCUGCGACCUGUACCGUCGGCGGCGAGCUCCAACCAUGAGCGGUCUCAGAUUCUGCCUUCUCCGGGUGGCCGUCUUCGUGUCUAUUGGAGUGGUGGCGGCCGGCGUCUGCUGGGCGCUGAUGCAGCUCAACUACUUCUCGCCGUGGUCCGCGCGAAUCCGCGGCCUCUUUCUGAAACACCGGAAGACCGGGAACCCUCUGGUGGACUCAGUGGCGGAACAUCAGGCUGCGAGCGAUCAGGCCUACGACAUGUACCUGGGCACUCCGAGGUACUUUGCCUUCGUCGGUCUCUUCUUCUGCUGGCACCAGCGGACACCGUCCAAGAUAUUCCCUGUUUUGUUUGCAGCAGUGGCCUACCACUUCUCGCUGAAGAUGAGUCGUCUGCUCAUUAUCUGCGGCCCCAUCGUGUCGAUCCUGGCAGGAUAUCCGGUCGGCAUCCUCGGCGACUGGUGUGUCGAGCAGGUCAAGCGUCUUCUGUGUGGCCCCCCAGCGGCUGAAGUCGAGGAGGAGGUUCCGAAGCGCACAGGCGGCAUGGGAUCCAUAUAUCGCAUCUGUAAGAUGCUGAUGUGGCCGGUAACCUACACGGACGAAGUCAGUGCAGUGGAUGAGAAGUGGUCAACCUACGUCGCGACGAAGCUUCCCCUUUUAGAUCGUUCCACAAGGCCGGAUGACGAAUGGCGGCUUUUGGGUCCGGCGAUUAUCGAGUUACGGAAAGCGAUCGGAGCACCAACAGCGACGAAGAAAUGUCGCGGGCGAUCGCUGCGUUCCGCGACAUGGCGGCUGACGACGAGCUCGACUACAUGUUCGCCACGCCGGUGCUCACCCGACUACAUGUUCGCCACGCCGGUGCUCACCCGCCAGAGUCAUGCGGUCCUCGUGUCCAACUCCGUCACCCGUUUGGCGGGUCAUACCGCGAGCGCAGCUGUUGGGGUCCGCUUCCAUAUGGAUCACAUGUACAGCUCCAUGCUCGUGACCGAGAACGGAGACGGGACCUGGGCUUUCACUCCCGAAGGGGGCGCUGGCUCUGCCCUUGCGGGCUUGGACGUCGACGACGCCAUGCUCGCGGAGGCAAUCCGGGGCGACGAUCCGGCGACGUUCUUUGCUGCCAGCAUGGUCAAUUGCGUGGCGUGCAGGAUGCCCGCAGAGGUCCUGAAGGGAAGGCUCCGGGCAGACCCCGACAUUCGCCAGGCGCUCAUCGCCUUGCUGUCCAGCGUCCCCACGAUUCGCCAGAACGAGUACAACGACAUUAUGGUGUCUGCGGUGAACAAAGCGUUCGAGAUAGCCCACAGGCUCCUCCCGGGGAACGACGGAGUGGAAAUGGUUCUUGCUGCGUUCAACGACGCACGCCGCGUGGGGGGGUGGACUGCCCGCAACAGAGGUGCCCAGACUGUGAGGCAGGGGGACAACAGGGCCACUAUCACCGCGGUGAUGGGCACCUCCGAGACCGGCAAUCCUGCAGGCGCUGCCCCAAGAAUGCUGGUGGACACGGCGUAUCAGGUGAUCCAGUCUGUGAUUCCGAGUCACCGCGUGGAUGGAUUUGAGACUCAGGAAGAGAAGGCACUGUACAAAAAGACUAUAUGGGAGGGAUCCUUCAGGGCUAUUCCCAAGGAACUCGACGGCUACUCGCACGCGGAGUCCCUGGCGGGCCCCGGCUUGGCCUACGAAGCGCGCAGCUUCGCUGAGAGGAAGAUGUCAGGACUCCGAAAUGGCAAGACCAUCAUUGUGGAUGACUACUACCAAGGAUAUCUCUGGAUCGACAAGAACACCCCGCCGGAUUCUAGAGUUUUGGCAUGGUGGGACUACGGCUACCAAAUCACCGGAAUUGCCAAGCGGACCUCUGUCGCUGAUGGCAACACCUGGAACCAUGAGCACAUCGCCACAAUUGGUCGCAUCUUGUCCAACCCGGUGAAGAAGUCGCACAACAUCAUGCGGCACCUUGCCGACUAUGUGCUCGUCUGGGCCGGCGAGAGGGAGACAGACCUCAGGAUCUCGACCCACUUUGCGCGGAUUGGGAAUUCCGUGUUCCCGGACAUCUGCGGGCCACGGGAUCCGACUUGCAGUAAAUAUGCAGCGUACCCGCAGCCAACGCCGAUGAUGCGUGAGUCCUUUGUCUACAACGCCGUGAAGCACAAGCUCCUUCCCGACGUGGAGUUGAACCCCAAGCUUUUCAAGGAAGGGGCCUGGCGGGAAGUUGAGUAG